AUGUCAUUUUUUUUUCGCUCACCAACAGAAUUUUUAAAUAAUGUUAUUGGAAGACCAGUUAUUGUUAAAUUGAAUUCAGGUGUUGACUAUAAAGGUAUACUUUCAUGUCUUGAUGGUUAUAUGAAUAUUGCACUUGAACAAACUGAAGAAUGGGUAAAUGGUCAAUUCAAAAAUAAAUAUGGAGACGCUUUUAUUCGUGGUAAUAAUGAUAAAAACAGAUGA